GACGCUUGACGUGUAUAAACGUCAACGGCAGGAAACGGGGUAAACGAUCGGCACGUUAAUGAAUUAGAAUUGAAAGGGGAAGAACUGGAAAUAGAAGUGGCUCCCAUCAGAAAACAAAAAGAAAGAAAAAAUUAAAAUGGAAGAAAAACACAUAAAAGAGGACAAAGAAAAUUACAGGAAAGUACAUACCACGGCCUUUGACCAGCUGUGAUGCACUGGUCGGAACCAGAAGAAAAAAUCAGUUGAAUGGAUCCACCUAGGUGGUUCGAUCCUGUGACGCUGGCACCUCAAGCGAGCACGCAACCGACUGAGCUAAAUCCCGCCCUAAGUGGAUCAAAUGACACAGAGCUUUUCUACUUCUGUCAUGAAGGGUUUGGGCAUCUUCUGUAUAUGGACAUUGACCUCAUUCCUGUGUCACCAAAGCGCAAAAGCUUUUCUCCAGACAAGUCUUACCAAUUUUGAAGGCCAAGGUAUUUUACUCUCCCUCUCUCUGACUCUCUCACAAGUUUUGACAUUUUUCUCGCUAGUGGACAUUCAGAGACGGUGGGACAAAAUAUUCUACAUGAUAAUCCUGUCACAUAUGGCCGCCACCUUUGCCACGAACUGCAGCAUGGCAUUCAUGCAAGCUUCCUCCACGUUUGCCAUCAAACUGAUGGAACCCAUCACGAGUGCUGUGGUUCAGCAUCUCGUCCACAAAACAUCUCUUUCCAAAUCCACUCUCAUCAGUCUGCCUCUGAUCGUCCCAGGAGCCGUUGUCUUCGUCGGAAACCCUUUUGAGACGUCAUCGAUCUCCAGGGGCGUACUAAUGGCGUGUACCUCCAACAUCAUCGUAGCAAUCAGAAACGUAACCAUCAACUCAGAAGGCAGCAAGUCCACAACCAUAAGACUUCGGCCUGCCGUGUACGUCUACAGUGCUGUAGUGUGCACUACAACAGCUGUUGCUGUUGUGUAUGCGAUGGAAUUGAGAGGAAUCGUUCAACACACGACGACACUGAUUAUCUGCUUGAUGCUGACGUCAAGCUACUUUCAUGUUGUCUACUCUUUCAUGUCGACCAAUGUCCUCAUACACUACACGACAGUGGUGAGUCAAGGCAUGAUCAACAUGGUCAAGCGAAUCACGGUGGUGUUUCUUAUGUACCUGUUUGGACAACGAUAUGCGACUCCAUUGAAUUUUGCAGGUUUGGCUAUCUGCAUACUUGGAAUUGCGAUAUACAUACAUAGAAGAAGUGUCUUUGACAACGGAAACAGAGAACAUGCACGUUCAGAUUUAAUGAAACCACCGAAUUGCAGACGUCAGCUGACUUGGAUAUAUUUAGGCAUGUUGGUAACUGGAAUGAUUAUGUAUGUUGGUAAUACUGGUGUGAGUCUCAAAGACAUACAGAAGUAUGCUUCGAGUGACCAUCUUCUUCAUAAAACAGUCACACAUUCGGUCAAAAUGGUGCAACACAAUUCUGUCGGCUUUUUAGCAGAAUCUUUUAAAGACAGAUCUUUUGGACCCAAGUCGUUUAAAUUAAUGAACCGAAGCCAACUACUUCCAGACAUAGAGGCACGUUAUUUGGCCAGAAAUAAGAGUCAAAUAAAGGAAUUUCUAAAUUGGCGUCUUUCGGAUCAUAGACAAAACACAAAUGUAUUGGCUCCGAUGUUGGCAACCAAUACUGAGAUAAUACGCGAAGCUCAAAGGAUACAUUUUAAUUUAUUUGGUGAUAUGAUGGGUAAGUAUAAGUACGCUAUGCUCUUCGGUAUUGCACCCUUUGAAAAUAAAGGCGAUUCUGCAAUCAGUACCGGCGAAGUUUAUUUAUUAAGACGACUGGGAAUCAAAAUAGUGCACUACUGCACCUUCCCUUAUUGUGCCAGAAAGAAUGUACAAGACUAUGCUCAAAAACUGAGCAACCAAUAUUCCAAGAACGAGCUGGUUAUCGUGUUCCGUGGUGGCGGGAAUCUGAUAGGCUACAAGCUGGAUGAUAUCAUCAGAAAAGGCCUAAUGAGAAGGUUCCAUGGCUUCAAGAUGUUCAUAAUGCCUCAAAGCAUAUUCGUUCGUGGUAAUCGGUACGAGGGUGGUCACUUUGAUCGCUGCAAGAAGCUAUAUUGCUGCAAUGCAAACCUCACGAUCCUGCUGAGGGACAGGCAAUCACUGGGUAUCGCUCUGAAAUACUGGAAUAACGGUACUAACUUGGCACUGGCACCAGACAUGGCAUUUCAGAUUGGUUCAGUUAGCCGAACCAUGUCUCCCAUGUAUGACGUAAUGUGGCUAAAACGAAGUGACACGGAGGCACCCAAGUACUCGGCUAAAGCGUUGCUGUUUCCAAAGAAUAUAACCGUUAAAAUAUCUGAAUGGGAGAACUGGAAAACUAACAAAGGUUUGACAACCAUGGAAACUGUUUUCCUCAUGGCAAACAAUGGACUCGUGUUUCUUCAACGAGGACGAGUGGUGAUCACCGAUCGUCUCCACGGACACAUUCUAAGCACUCUGUUGAACAUACCCCACGUGUUGAUUGAUAACCAGUACAAAAAGCUUUCUUCCUUCCAUAACACAUGGACAAGAAGUCUUGAGAAUGUGUUCAUAACGGACGAUAGUUCAAAGGCUAUUAAACUUGCCUUGAUUUUACUGGAAAAAUACAAAGAUGAGUUGCCAUCUAUUGCUCCCAUAAUGGACGUGAAAGAAGUUUUUUGAGCUAAAGGCCAUCUCGAUUAAACAUAUAUAUAUAUAUUGGUA